AUGGAGCAGAACCAGCUGUUGCUGCUUCAGGCACCGGAACAAUGGCCCCUCUGGCCAGACUUGGAUGCGUCCUUCUCCCCCGACUUUUUCACUUCCCACGAGCUCCAGGCAAACGUCUUACAAAAUCACGAGACCGCCACGCUGGAGUCCUACCGCCUCCAGCCAACACCCAACCUCACGGUCGCCGAUUUCCCGCUCUCAACGCCUCUCUACCUUGAUGCCGGCAUCGACCUCGGCUUUGGGUGGUGCAUGGGCCCCGCUACCGACGACUUCAACAUCCCGGCAUCCUACGGCGGCUUAAGUCGACACAAUCCCCACUUUGGUUCCACGACCGGGAAAGUCACGGAGCCACCCUGUUUCCCCGUUCUUGACGGCGCUCUAGUCUCGGUGCACACAUGGGAUCUCCCCAAAGCCACAAGCAACAACCGGGAGCACACAAAGGGAAUCGAAGGCAGAACAUCGCUGACGUCGCUGCUCAAUCAUCCAAAUCUCCACUACCUGUCAAAGAGGCCGCUGGAUUGCCAGUAG